AUGGUGGACCAGCAACGGCCACGGGCCACCGGAUCGACCAAGUCGGUGGGGAUGCGCAUUGGCGAAUACCAACUGGGAGAGACAAUUGGAAAAGGAGGCUUCGGAUGUGUCUACAAGGCCUUGGACCAACAGGCGGCACACAUCGUGGCCAUCAAACAGGUCAGCCUCGGUGGAUUGCAGAGUGGAGAUAUCAGCUCUAUCGAGGUUGAGAUCGAGUUGCUUUCAAAGUUGAAGCACAAAAAUAUUGUCAAGUACAUUCACUCCAUCCGCACCGACACGCACCUGAACAUUGUUCUGGAAUACGUGGAAGGUGGCUCCAUCGCCAGUAUCUUGAGAAAGUUUGGGGCUUUCCCAGAGUCCUUAUGCGCCAUCUACACCCUGCAGAUUCUGCGGGGCUUGAAAUUCUUGCACUCACAAGGGGUGAUUCAUCGCGAUAUCAAGGGCGCCAAUGUCUUAAGCACCAAGACGGGCAUCAUCAAACUGGCCGAUUUCGGCGUGGCCACAAAGCUCAGCGAGAUCGACAGUUCCAAACGCCGGGUGGUGGGCACGCCAUAUUGGAUGGCACCAGAAACGGUGGAGAUCGGUCCACCCACUGCGGCCAGCGACAUUUGGAGUGUGGGUUCUACAGUGGUGGAGAUGGUAACCAAGAACCCGCCCUAUGCGGAGCUACCACAGCUCUCAGCGUUGUACAAAAUCGUGGCAGAUCCGCAUCCGCCGCUGCCCGAGGGCUUCUCGGAGGAGUUGGAGCGUUUCCUGCUGAAGUGCUUCGAAAAGAGUCCCAUCCAGCGCCCGGGCGCGGCGGUGCUGCUGGAAGAUCCCUGGAUUCAGGGCAACAAGAGGCACCUGAGGAUUAACCUGCAACCCAAGGAGGACGUGGAGUCGGGCGAUUCCGGCGAGGAAUUGGAGGUCUUGACCACCUCAUUACAGGAAAGUGUUCUACUCACACUCAGGCCCAAGGACGACAGCCCCUCGCGAUCUUCCAAGUCGCUGAAGGUGUCGAAGGAUUUGCGUAGCAGUGGCAGCAAGGACAACCCACAGGCAGCCGGAAAUAUGGCAUCCACUCCGAACCAACUUGGAUCGGGCCGGACCCGGAGUCCGGAAGCAAGACCUUCCAUCAAGCGAACAGAUCCACCUGCCAAGAAGCUUUUGGAAGUGUUGCCCGUCAGCUACCAAGAGAAUGAAGCCCAACGGGACAUGGAGGAGCGGCAAGGCUAUCACUUCGCUUUCUUGGACUACUACCGCCGCUAUUGUGAGGUGAAGACGGAGGACCCGGAGUCUGUGGACAGCUCUGCACAGAAGGAGGAGGAGAGCCUGAAAGCGCCGCUGUCCACGCCGACUCUCAGCAACCCACUUCGCGAUGAUGAGCAUGGGCUACCAGACAGGGAACAGCAACGCUUAGCAGCUGAGGUGAAGAACCUGUUGGCCCGGAUUCGUCCCUUUGAAGAGCCCAGUGAGCUGGUGAAGGUCUGUCAGGACCUCAUCAAGCUGCUGGCGCCAGGUCGGGGCAGCCCAGAGACCAAGGAGAGCGUCCAUCAGUUGGUGAUGCAGCAUGGGGCCGUGCCCAUUGUUGAGAUGCUUCAAGUGCCUGACGCCAAACUGCAGGAUUCCGUGCUGAAGGUGGUGAAUCAGAUAGUGGCCGAUCGCAGCCGUGGUUUCCAGUUCCAGGAGCUCUUCAGCAUGGUGGGCUUGAUCCCAGAAGUCCUGAAGUUGGCCCGCACCGACGUUCAACGCUCGCUGCGCCAGGAGGUGGGAAGAUUCAUCUCACACCUCUGCAACUCUUCUGAGAGCAGCUUGCAAAUGCUGGUGGCUUGUGGUGGUUUGGAGGCUAUUGUGGAGCUGAUUUCCUCCGAAUACUUCCACAACCCCGACUUGGUCUUUCCAGCUCUGGACAAUGUGAAGACCGUGCUGGACAAACGUGGUGGGCACAGCCGAGAUUUGUGUCGAAUCUUGGCCAAGCGUGGCAUUUGCGAACACUUGGUUCAAUUGAUCGACACCUUGGCCAGUGACAUGGGCUACUACAUGGAUCGAGCUGCACAAUAUCUCCAUGUGGUGGUAUCCCUCUUGGUCUUCUUCGCGAAGACAGGGGAUGCAGUGGUGAAGGCCUACAUGGCCAAGGCCACGGUCUUGGAGGGCUUGGUGGCUUCCAUGGAGUUUUUGCCCCCGGAGCUGAUCUUGGAGAUUUGUAAGAUUUUCACGGAGCUGACCCAAGAGCCGUCUGUCCUGAACAUGAUGGAGAACUCGGGCCUGGUGCCUGUGAUGGUUCACCACAUGACGGUCCCACAGAUCGAAGUUGGCGAGUCCCCAGUGGAUGGCGAACCGCAGGACGUGUGCAGUCAGUGCCUCCUCGCCCUCUCCAACUUGUGCAAGCUUUCACGUCCACGGCAGGAACAGGCAGCUCUAGCGGGCGCCAUCCCCAAGUUGCAGAUCAUAGUGGAGCGGCAGCACCCCUUGAGGGAGCACGCCUUUGCCAUGCUGUGCGAUAUGACCUGCACAUCACAAGCGACGCGCAGCUUGCUCUGGAAUCAAGGCUGUGCAGGUUUUUUAGUACGUAGUCUGGCGCAGCACGACAUGCAGGUCCCGGCCUUGGAAGCCCUGGUGGGUUGGUUCGCGGUGAAGGAGCACCGGGCCAAUUGGUGUCAACGACUGGAGCAACUCCUGCUGAAGGGCCCGGACUUUUUCAUGCGAUUGCUGAACAUCUUCAAGUGUCAGGACAGCGCUAUUUUUCUGAAGGUCUUGGAUCCGUUACUGAAGUUGGUGACCUGCUCCCCUGAAACCAACGCGGCGCUGGCCAACAGCGACGAGUUCCUUGGGGAGCUCUUGCGGCGCUUGGAGACCGAUGGCAACGAUCCAGAGUCGAGCAAAAACCAGUUCAACUCUUUGAACACCGCCUUCUCUCCGGACGACUUGGCUCAAGUUGCAGCCCGAGUGGGCGAGCCGGUGCGGCGCUUGAUCAGCGCCCAGCCCGACACGGACGACGCUGUGCGGGCGCGGCAGUCCUUGCUGCGGCUGCUGAUGCAGCUGUGCCAACACCUCAGCAAGGAUCCCUGUCCUAGGUCUCUUUUAUUCUGCCGCGCCUUGUGA